AUGGCAGAGUUGACGGCGCCAGCUCUGACAGAGCUUAUCAAUCACGUUUUUCUUCCGCCGCAACUACCACAGCAAAGCGACUCCGGCAGCUUCAGCGAGCUCAUGAAGAUAUCACUUUCUGCGCUUCACGCAUUCUCAACAGCCUCAACCGCAUAUGCGGCGACCAUCGGUGAUGCGAUUAGUCUUUUGACGAUUUCACUCGCCAUUCAUCAUCUUUCGGAGGACAACAUCAGCGAGGGCCGGCUGCGGGACUCCCUCAGAGCUUGCCAUCCAUGCUUUCUUUUUUUGCGCGCACAAAACGCCGGAAUACUGAUCACUUACAACGAUCACGACGAUGUCUUCGUCGAGCAAUUUGAGCUCUCACCUCGCAAUGAAGCUGUCAUGACAACGGAGGGUCGCCUAGUCCGUACAUUUCCCGGAUCGGCGGUCUGCAUCAGCUCAGCCACCAGAGAGGACAUUGGUUUCCAGGACACAUUCGCAGACACACUGUCGUUGAUGUGCCAUCAGGCRGUCGGUGAAAUGCAACCGCAUGUGACAAAGACCGGACAAGCCAACGCCGAGCUUCGAGAUACCACACAUCCUGGUCUCAUUUCCGAACUUUUUGUCGGAGGCUUCCUCAAGGGAGCUGGCAAGCCCAUCAGCCUGUCAUCUAUACUCAAGCACACUCGAGAUGAUGUGCUGUUGAAGGACGCAAAGCUCCCCUGGCGGCGAUCUGCCGCGUGGAUGCUCAUCAAAGUAUCUUUAGAGCUGACGCUAUCGCGCUCCACUGGCGGCUCUGCUGCGCUGUACAAACAGYUCAUGGUUUUUCUCAUGGCACAUGUACUGCAACACGCAGUCGCUGCUGGUCUACCAGGCGAGACGCUUUUUGUGAUGAACGCUAAGGUGGCGGGAAGGCUCGGAAAACUCAAGCAUGAUAUUGCAAGCCCGUUGGCCACUGAUCCCAUACUCGAUUACAUUCGACAAGAAAUGAAGACUGCCUCAGAGGUAGGACCUCGGCAGUGGACGGCCAUUCAGAAGCGCAACACCCGAUCGAUUCCCAUUUCAAGAACGUUGUCCAAGCCUGAACCGGAGCAUGAUAUCCUGCACAUCCUCCCCGUCCUCGAUGAUUACAUACAGAAGCUGCGCAACCGACCGUUGGUCAGUGGUAUCGCCGGGUUUGCGGGAACCCCAAAGCUUGUGAAUUACGAUCCGACCUCACUUCCAAGUCUUGCGCCACAGACGAAUGACUCUGACUACGCCCUGGCCAAUCUACAACAGUUUGAAAUGUGGAUCAGUUUGAACCUUGAGCAUUGGUCGCGACUGAAUGGCGCACAACAGAACGCGUGCAGCCGUUUGCGUCAUGUGCUCGAAGAAUACCAUACCGUCGCCCGCAGAAGCUACAAGGACAACCCGGAAGCAAUGUCAUUCAUGCUUCUCACCCUGCUGGAGAUUUGGGUGGCUUGCGACCAAGUCGCCAUCAGGAUUUGCGCGUUGCUACGCCAGUACAGUCCUGGAAUCCCACAAGAUGCUUUCCAGAACCUUAUUCUCCCAUCGAAGGCUCAAAUGGAGAGGCUACGUGCCGUCGAACUGUUACUAGCCAACCGUACGACCAACAGUGUGUUCCCAGCAACCGAGUUAUUUGCUUUAAGCAGUCCYUCUGGAUUUGYGGUAAAGUACUUUGAGCAGUCUCCGGCACAGCAGGAUACCAUGCGGCAAAUCUCCGCCAAAGCAAAGCGAGACAGGGAAAGAAAGCUCAUGAACUUCGCCAGUCUGAAGGCAGAUUAUGCACGACUCAUGAAUCUUUACAGCACAAGUGCGUGUGACUUCGUGGAUGUCGUUAUCGACGACUGGGAAGGAUUAUAUGAGACUGAGAGCAAGCACUCGAGCUCAUGCGCGAAAUGCGCGUACUUGGAGCAGGCGAAGGGCCUAGAAAUCACAAUCUUCGAAGARCCGCUCCCAUCGAACGAUAUUAAGGCCAAGGCCAUCGUGUUUGAGCUUGAAGUGCCCACCUGGUUUUCUGGUUGGCGAGACGCUCGAACAUUCUUGCUCCGAACCGUGCUACAGGGAAAGUAUGCAGGCUCAAAACCCAGAGCCCAGUACCCGCUUCACAAGGAUUCGCAUCUGUCUGCCUUCAAGACCUUAAAACACUCUCCGCGAAUCACUCUGUUGUCUCAGGACAAGCCAAACAUUGUCGCGCAUUAUCGAACUAAGCGUGUCGGAACCUCGACCGAUAGCGAUGUCUGCAAAAAGAGUGGGGUGAACUACGAGUACUAUGACACCAAGGAUGGUGUAUUUCUUGGAGAGCUACUGUACGACAGGAGCAGUCAGCUUGAGUGUGUGUACAAUCUUCCCAAAUCUCUGAGAAGCUUCAUAUUCCGUCCAUCCGCGCUUCCCGAUGGGCCUUCACCCAAUCUCGUCAUUGCAAACCAGGACCAGUGUCCAGACAACAUGACGCUGGAUGAAUUCAAAGAGCUUUGCACCAUCCCACUCGGCCACAAGAUACAGUGGCAGAAUAUGCUGCUUCAAUUGAAAUCACCUUCGGUGGAUUUCAAGAAACCGGAGACAACACUGGUGUUUUUGCAGUGCUUGUACCAGACUGGGCCUUCGAACAAGACUAUUGUUCGUGCCAAUCAUGAAAUACUACUCGAGUACACAUUCGCUGUGGCGCUGCUUGAAGCUUUGGACACUGCGCUGCAGAGAGUAAAGGAAAACUGGGAGUCGUCUCAGGCCCUCAGCAUCUUCGUUGCGAUAGCAGCCCGGGUGCUUUCGCUCAGUGAGUCGACCAGUAUACAACGUGGCUGCAUUGCAUUUCUCAGCACUGCGCGAGAGGUGGCACUCGGUUGGGUGGCCCUUCUGCGGGACAAGACAUUCGUGGACAGGAGCGUUGAGGUUGCCCUCAUUUGCGCUAUGACUUUCGACAUUGACACUGUCCACCUCACCAAACUUUUGGAAUCGUCUGGCAAUGUGUCUUCCCUUGUGCAGCUCUCAAUCACCGUUCGAGAGGGUCGACUCGCGUCUUCCCCCGAACCAUUUUUCCGGCUGCUGCAAUCAAGAUUCAGCAGACUUCUACAUCGUGCAAACACAACGCUCGCUGCCAAUACCAGUGCCCACAAUGGUGUUGAUCUGGCAAUCCAGAGCUCGUGGUCUGCCUAUCGUUCUGGUAUGGCUUGGACGACAGUCUCGCCAAAGUUGGACUACUGGCUAGUAACAAAGACUGCCGCAACCUCAAACAGCGAGUCACUUACUGUCCACUUCAAUACGAUCACUGGCGAGUUGCUCGUCAAUGGCUUGCCCAUGGACCGACCUCCAAAGCAGUACGAAGAUGCCACGCUGUACCGGACAUUGUUUGGUCAAGCUGCAGUGGAAGUUAUGCCUUCCGCGGUCCGUGGCAUGCGCUACUCUACUAAGGAGCUAUUCCAUGGACGCAGCGUCAACCUCGGUAUGAGUGAUGGAGGCGAUCUCUUAGUGCAGACAUCUUCCGUCGCAGAGACAUGUGAGAUCAUUCCUGCUCGACUGUUGAAGGACGAUUUCCCUGCGUUUUUCACGGACAAAUUCAUUCAUGUCUAUGAUUCGUCCGAACAUUCAACGAGCGACGUGGUUGAAUUCCGUCCUGUCGGCACUCCUUGGAGCAGUGGUACAUCUGGCGUGUGGCACUUGCGGAGAUGCAACGAUAGCUCUCGAUGGAAAUUGACUCGACGGGACGGAGAUGCCCUCAUCAGUCUCAUCAGUCUCAAGAGUGAGACAGCGAAGGCAAUAGCAAAAGUGCUUCAACCAUUGGCACGUUCCAGCCAGAUCCACAAUAUUUUGCCCGCGAGCCGGGCCACCAAGGAAGCUCGCAUGCCCAUGCCCAUGGACAUGGAUAUCGAGAUCCCCGAUCUACGGCUAGGCUUCUCACUUGACAGGAAGGAUUAUACGUUACGAUCACACCAAUAUCGCGAGAUGAAAAUCGACAUUGAUCAAUCUCUUGGCACGCUUGUCGGUUUCGAGAAUAAAUUGAUGCUCCGGACGAGAUCGAAAGACCAAGCCGUGCGUCGCAUGGUGAUACUCCUAGAGUCGUCUCCAGUAUCGUACAUCAGGGAUGAAUCGAGCGCUCCUCAUACCACAGUCUCAAUUAAGAGGACCGCACGAGACGUACGAGUGCACGCCUUCGACGUGGAUGCACAGCUAGGCCGGUUGACUGGAUCUGGAAGUCUUGAUAGCAAGUUGUUCCUCGCGCUGCUGCAUGCAAUCACGACUUCAUACCUGCCUGAUCCUCUCACAAAAAAGACCGGCACGGAGCAGGCUUUGGCAGAUCUGGACUCAGCUGCCACGAGAUCGUUCGACACACUCACGGAACACAACAUCUCACUUCUGGCACAGAUUGCUAGUUUGACACCCGGUCGUUCAUACUACCCUCAAAACAAGCGUGUCAUGCAGCAAGUAGAGUGGGAUUCGAGGCUUGGCGUCCUCGCCCAACACGGGGGCUUCUACAAAACAGUGACGUCUAUUUUCGAGCAAGCCAAGCGAUUUGGAGUUUUCGAUCCAGAUUCAAAGCCAAAGUUUCCGAGCCUCAGCCGGACUGACAGAGAUAUCCUCAAUCGUGACUCUGCCCGAUCCUCCUCAUUCAGAGUAUCUGAGUUUGGUGCAGAAGACCACACCGUGGUCAAAGAUGUCUCGUACAAAGCUAGGGAUGGCGGCCACACGCAUCGAUCAGACACCGCCUUCCUCGCGUCAAGUUUUAUAUUUGACGACAGGAGACGCCUUCAGUGGGGCAUGGACGAUGGCGAUCAUCUCUGGGAUCUCAUGCCUCGUACAGGGACGGUAUUCGGCGACCCUGUGAACUUGACGGAGUUGAAAUAUGACUCCAAGGUUCUCACCACUUGGCGAGAUUAUGUGGUUGGACAUUGGCCUGGUAUCCACGAGGCCAUGAAGAACCUCCAAGAUUCCUUCUCGCAAAAGUUCAAUGUUAUGAUGUGGUUGUCGACACUGGGCUACUCGCGGGAUAUCGACCUUCAGGUCCUCCAGACUUUGGCCGCGUGCUUCAACUGUGAGCUCGUUCAAAACGUUGCCGCACCUCUUUCUCUGGUAUUCUAUCCAUCGCGUGGCAAGGAGAUCGAUUGCAAUCAACUGCGUGGCGUUCUCAACCAAUACACCGUCCCAUAUCGACGCACAAUUUUGCGCGAAUCGGGCGAAAAGUUCAGAACAUGGCAAGCUCGCGAUGCUACCGAGAAAAGAAAGCAUCAGGAGAAUGUCGUACGCGCUAUCAACCGCGUUGUCAAUAGCCUCUUAGGACAAGGAUGUCCCGCUGUGCCAUUCGCGCCAGUGAUCAGCACAUUGCCAUUUAUCGCCGCCUUUGUUAACGUUGACAWCGCCAUGGACGAUGUGAGGAAGCUUUUCAAGAUCUGGUCCGACAACUUCGAGCUUCACAGCUAUCUAUGCAAGGUUGAGGCAGCAGUGCGCCUUUACCCCAAGCGUGAAAAGACCGUGCCGGCUGCCCUACCGCUCAUUCCAUCCGCUUACUCAAGGUCGGACGGUUACAUAUCGAUUCAGCGCCUGUUUUCUGUGGCAACGGCACCAAGCAUACUUGCAGAGAGUCCCAUUUUCGAUUCGCCGCCAAAUCAUCUCGAGCUAGCGCAAUCUACGCAGCGCAAAUCGCCACUCCUAGAGAAGCUGAUUAGCAAGCUUGGACAUUCCACUGGAGACUCGAGGUACAUGAUAGGCUAUGUUGAAGAUCUGACCAAGAGUCUGGGCUCCUUACGUAGUCGGGAAGACGGAAACAUUCAGGCUCAACACUUGACUGAGCAGGACCUCAUUGACCAUGUUCGGAAUUGCUUACGACAUGUGACAGCAAUCUUUGACGCCAUGGCCUCCGCAUUGAAGGAAGGCAAUGAAGACUCGGUGCUUGCCAAUCAAUUUCCGCGGCUUUCACCGAUGUUGUUGCUCUCUCAGCUCAGCCACGGGAAGUGGUCGCAGUUGAACUCGGGAUGGCGCGCCGCGAUUGUGAAGUACGGUGUUGCAAUCACUUCACUACAGCGAGCGGAGCGCAUGUUGCAAGCUUUGCGCAAGGGCGGUACUGACAGCGCGGACCUAAUGGAUGAGUUACAAAACCCUGGCCACGGGAAUUGGGACCCUCUCAUAUAUCCCGAAUCGCUGUUGGUCGAGGUUGAAAGUGGCAUCAUGAUCCGAGAUGUGCAAGAGAGCAUCGCCGCCAAGAUGAGAAGCCCUGAGAACGGCGACAACACCACCAUGCAAUUGAACAUGGGCCAAGGUAAGAGCAGCGUAAUCGUCCCGAUCGUCGCUUGUGCUUUGGCAGACGGAUCGCAGUUGGUCCGCGUCAUCGUAGCCAAACCACAGUCAAAGCAGAUGGCCGAGAUGCUGAAGUCCAAGCUCGGAGCUGCAGUUGGGCGACGCGUCUAUUACAUGCCCUUUUCCCGUUCCCUAAAACUGGAUCGCGCGGCUGCGGACACCGUCCUUGAGAUUUGCCAGGAAUGCAUGCGAACUGGCGGAAUCCUGCUGGUUCAGCCAGAGCAUAUACUAAGCUCCAAGCUCAUGGCUUUGGAGAGCUUCAAUCGUGGCAAAGAAGAAGUCGGCCGAUCCCUGAUACGUACCCAGGACUUCUUCGACUCUUCUGCUCGCGACAUCGUCGAUGAGAGCGAUGAGAACUUCAACGUCAAAUUCGAGCUGAUCUACACGAUGGGUGCCCAGCGGCCUGUCGAGGGCAGUCCAGAUCGGUGGACUCACAUCCUACAAGUCUUGGAACUUGUCAAAAUCAAAGCGCCAGCAGUAUUGGCGCUGCUUGGAAGCUCUUCUAUCGAGAUUCACGACGGCGCUGCUGGAGCGUUUCCACGCAUACGAAUCUUGAAGCCAAACGCUGAGCAGCUGUUGCUCCAUCUCGUCGCGAGACACAUCUGCGACUUUGGACUCGACGGCUUCCCGCUUGGUCGGCAGACCAAAAAAGUUCAAGAUGAAUUGUACAUUUACAUGAGUCAAAUGGAUCUGACGGGCGAACAGAGCGAUGCUGUCCAAGACGCUGGUUCGACCGGAUUUUGGACGGACAGCACCAAAGGAACCAUCCUUUUGCUGCGAGGUCUACUUGGUGGAGGCGUCCUGGCUUUCGUCUUUGGGCAGAAGAGGUUCAGAGUGAAUUUCGGUGCAUCGAACAGCCGGAUCCCUCCUACAAAGCUGGCAGUUCCUUACCGCGCAAAGGACAGCCCUACUCCGCGCUCUGAGUUCAGCCAUCCCGAUGUGGUCAUUAUACUGACCUGCCUGUGCUACUAUUAUGGUGGUUUGAGCGAUGAGGAGCUCUUUACUUCUCUUGCUCAUGUAAUGGACUCCGACCAAGCGGACAGCGAGUAUCAAGCAUGGGUUGCUGACGCUGAUCAACUCGAUCCAGCCUUUGCUCAGCUUCAGGGUAUUAACCUGAAGGAUCGCAAGCAAUGCAUCGCUCGACUUUUCCCUUCUCUCAAACUCGGGAAGACGGUGGUGGACUACUACUUGUCUCGGAUUGUGUUUCCGAAGGAGCUAAAGGAGUUUCCCUUCAAGUACUCAAGCUCGGGUUGGGAUCUCGGCAAGAAAAAGGCGAAACCCAUUACCGGUUUCAGCGGGACUAGCGACUCUCGCAUCGUACUUCCACUAAGUGUCACCCAUCUGGAUCUUGAAGAGCAGAACCACACCAAUGCACUGGUCUUGGAGUACCUUCUGCGCAAAGAGAACACGGUCAAGCACAUCCCAUCUCUUUUCCAGUCUGCGCAAUCCGACGCACAGAUCAUCCUUUCUGCAACUUUACAGUUGGAGAAUUCUCCAGAGGUCAUACUCGAUGUGGGCGCGCAAAUCCUGGAACUGGACAACUUGCAAGUCGCGAAGAAGUGGCUAGAGAUGCGUAGAACUUUCGACAAUAGCAAAGAGGCCGUUGUAUUUGUGAACGGCGACGAUGAGCUCUCUGUGGUGGAUUGUAAGGGUCGAGUCGAGCUGCUUCAGACUUCUUCGUUUGCCUCAAGACUCGGUGCUUGCUUGAUCUUCCUGGACGAAGCUCAUACCCGUGGCAUUGAUUUGAAGCUUCCUAGCCUCUAUAGUGCUGCGGUCACUUUGGGCGCCAACCUGACGAAAGAUCGUCUGGUACAAGCAUGCAUGAGGUUGCGUAAGCUCGGCCAGGGACAAUCUGUAGUCUUCCUCGUAUCAGAAGAGAUCCGAGCUAAGAUUCAAGACUGCACCGCAAAAUCCGACAGAGAUCCCAUCGAGGUCUUGGAUGUCUUGCUGUGGGCAAUCUCAGAAACGUUCGCCGAAAUGCACAGAAGUAUUCCGCAGUGGUCUGUGCAAGGCGAGAGGUUCUUGCAGCAGGAAGAACUCUCGAUCAAGUGCCGUUGGAACGGGAAGACUAAUUACUCUUUCGAGAGAUCGGAGUGGUUUCUGGCUCCUGAGGCUCAGUCCCGCGAAGACCGCUAUCGCCCUCGUCUAGAACAUAGAGACUCCGCCGAUCGAUUGGCACACUCUACCAAUCCGAUGCUACGAAAAAUUGCUGAGCACUGUGGGAUGUUCAAGUAUCUCAGGUUCAACGCGAGCACUCUGCAGGAAGAACAAGAGCGCGAGCUGUCUCCAGAGAUCGAACAAGAGCGGCAGAUCCAGAAGACAGCCCCCGCCAAGCCAGAACAGCAUACUCUCGAGCCCGAUGUCAUCAGAUUCGCUCGCGAAGGUGUUCUGCUCUCCGGUUCCAAAGCGUACUUUCCCGCCUUUGACACGCUGCGAGAAACCAGUGGAGCGCAGUCGUUCAAGGUGACAUCCUUUGCAGGGAACCUCAUGGUAACCGCGGAUUUCGCCCGUACCGUCGUGAAGCCAGGCAAAUCGUACCGCUCCGACCAAUAUCAGCGUUCGGUUCAGUGGAUCAUCUCCCGCAAAUACGGCAAGGUUGAUACAUUGAUGAUCAUCAGCCCAUACGAAGCCAACCAGCUCGUUUCAGAGAUUGCGAGCUCUACCAAGACCKCACUGCACUUGUACAAGCCACGCUGUAACUCGGGCUUUCCGACCUUGGACAGAUUAGAUCUCUACACCGUCACUGGAGGACAGCAAUCAGCACCAACCAUUCCGCGCGCGCUUGCGAUUGAGCUCGGUUUGUUCGCUGGCCAGCUUUAUAUUAGUUCGUUUGAGGACUAUCAGCGCAUCUGCAACUUUCUCGGCUUGACUGAUGGCGCGACACCGCCAGGUUGGAACGUCACUCCGGAUGGCUUCAUCAUGUGGGAUGGUAAGAAAAAGCGUCGUCGAUCCGAGAAUCCCGUGCAGUUUAUCAAAUUCUUGAUGAGCUCCGUUCGGAGAAAUGGACAAGGAAUUUCAAAGACACAUAUGGGUGGACUUUUGGAGGGACGGGUCUUCCAGCGCUCCGACUUUGAAGAUGAACAGUAG